UGCUCCAAAAGAAAGCGAAGGAGAGAAGAGAAAGCAAGAAGGAAGAGGGCGCGUGGGUCAUGCCGCUCGUGCAAUAUACUUUUCCUUUCUCUCUCUAAGAUACUCUCUCUCUCCCCCCCCAGAGUGACUCGCCACCUUCCUCUCACGAGUCACGCUCAUCAUCUUCACCUCUCUUUCUCUCUCUAAUCUUGCUUUUCACCUGUCCAGAGUCCAUAUAAGGUACCGAAGCUCCUCCCCCUCCGCCUCCCCAUAUACCUUUCCCUUCAAAAUCUGAAUAAUCGACUAAGCCAUCCUUCAACCGAGAGAGAGAGAUGGCCUCGGAGAAGGUAGAGACCGUGAUUGCAGGAAACUAUAUGGAGAUGGAGAAGGAAGGGAAAGCCACCAGUGCGAGGAGGAAGCUCUCCAAGCUCUUCUGGCAUGGCGGCUCCGUCUACGACGCCUGGUUCAGUUGUGCCUCCAACCAGGUGGCACAAGUCCUUCUGACAUUGCCGUAUUCAUUCUCCCAACUUGGGAUGCUAUCGGGAAUCCUUUUCCAGUUAUUCUAUGGCUUGAUGGGUAGCUACACUGCUUACCUUAUUUCUGUUCUCUACGUUGAGUACAGAACCAGAAAAGAAAGAGAAAAGGUGGAUUUCAGGAAUCAUGUAAUUCAGUGGUUUGAAGUCCUUGAUGGGCUUUUGGGUAAGCACUGGAGGAACGCAGGUCUCUUCUUUAACUGCACCUUCCUUCUGUUUGGUUCUGUAAUUCAACUCAUUGCAUGCGCCAGUAACAUCUACUAUAUCAAUGAUCACCUCGAUAAGAGGACAUGGACAUACAUAUUUGGCGCAUGUUGCGCCACAACAGUCUUUAUCCCGUCGUUCCACAACUACAGAAUUUGGUCAUUUCUUGGCCUCUUGAUGACUACUUACACUGCCUGGUAUAUGACUGUUGCUGCUCUAAUGAAUGGACAGGUUGAGGGAGUUCAACAUUCAGGUCCAACUACAGCUGUUCUAUACUUCACUGGAGCGACCAAUAUCCUAUAUACUUUUGGAGGGCAUGCCGUCACAGUUGAGAUCAUGCAUGCUAUGUGGAAGCCUCAGAAGUUCAAGCUCAUAUAUCUAGUGGCCACACUCUAUGUGCUCACCCUGACCCUUCCCUCUGCCAUCUCUGUCUACUGGGCAUUUGGGGACAUGCUGCUUAACCACUCAAAUGCUUUCGCCUUGCUUCCAAAGUCUGGUUUCAGAGACCUUGCUGUCAUCCUUAUGUUGAUCCAUCAGUUUAUAACCUUCGGAUUCGCUUGCACUCCCCUUUACUUCGUGUGGGAGAAGUUGAUAGGGAUGCAUGAGAACAAGAGCAUGCUGAAGCGAGCCCUUACCAGGCUGCCUGUGGUCGUCCCCAUCUGGUUCCUCGCCAUCAUCUUCCCCUUCUUCGGCCCCAUCAACUCCACCGUCGGAUCAUUCCUCGUUAGCUUCACCGUCUACAUCAUCCCCGCUUUAGCCCACAUGAUCACUUUUGCUCCUGCCGCUGCAAGAGAGAACGCGGUGGAGAGACCACCCUCCAUGGUGGGGGGCUGGGUUGGGCUCUACUGCAUGAACGUGCUGGUGGUGGGCUGGGUUCUGAUCGUUGGGUUCGGUUUCGGGGGGUGGGCGAGCACCAUCAACUUCGUCCACCAGAUCUACACCUUUGGGCUCUUCGCCAAGUGCUACCAGUGUCCCCCUCACAAAGCUUGAACCCUGCACUCUCCUCCAUCCAUCCAUCCAUCAACUUCAGAACCCAAUUAGAUGUUGUAAAGAGAUUUUAUAACUUCAUAGCCUCUAUCUCUCUCAUGAUCUUCACAUGUGAUCAUGACCGUAAAAUUGUUUAUGGGGAGUCUUCUUUUUUUUUCUCUCUCUCUUUCUAGAUGGAAUUCCGCAGUCUUGUUGAGUGUAACGCAUAUAACUAUCGGUGCUUUUUAUUUAAUUUUGAUUGAAAAGUA